AUGCGGUGACUGGAAGACCGGGCGACCGGGCAACCGGGCUGAGGGUGCUGCCGGAUCCUGCUUCCUCUUUGCUUUCGGUUUCGAAGCGGCUGCCCCGGCUCGAGAGCGAGCCGCAGAUCGGAAGGGACACAUGGAAGCCGCCCACCCACAAGCCGAGGAUCAGCUGAGCCCUGGGGCUGAUGCUUGCCCACACUGCUGAGAAUGGCACCGAGGCCCAGACAGGCAGCGGGAGAAAGGUUAACUGGGGACACUCCUGGACAGUGAUCCUGAUGUCUGUUCUGAGUCGUGCACUCAAGGGUGUGAUAAGAGACAACGUCCAGUGAGCUGCUGGUUCUUCCUGACGCAGGCCUUCCCAGGGCUUUGAUUCCAGUGCCGAGUAAGGAGCCAGGAUUUCCAGUUUUCCCCAUUUGUCUCACGUGGACUAGGCGUGUUCUUCUGGCAAAACCCCGCAGACGCAGACUGACCUGGCCUAGGUACGCCUCUCCUCUGCCUACCUGUGUUCUUCCAGCCAGCCCCACUCGGCACCAUGGCAUCUGCCGAGCCCCUGACGGCGCUGUCCCGCUGGUACCUGUAUGCCAUCCACGGCUACUUCUGCGAGGUGAUGUUCACGGCGGCCUGGGAGUUCGUGGUGAACUUUAACUGGAAGUUCCCUGGGGUCACGAGUGUGUGGGCGCUCUUCAUCUACGGCACCUCCAUCCUCAUCGUGGAGCGCAUGUACCUGCGCCUGCGCGGCCGCUGCCCACUGCUGGUGCGCUGCCUCAUCUACACUCUCUGGACCUACCUGUGGGAGUUCACCACCGGCUUCAUCCUGCGCCAGUUCAACGCCUGUCCCUGGGACUAUUCCCAGUUCGACUUUGACUUCAUGGGCCUCAUCACCCUGGAGUACGCCGUGCCCUGGUUCUGCGGGUCUCUCAUCAUGGAGCAGUUCAUCAUCCGCAACACCCUCCGCCUCCGCUUUGACAAGGAUGCCGAGCCCGGGGAGCCCAGUGGUCCCCUGGCGAUGGCCAACGGCCACAUCAAGACAGACUGAAUGGGGCUUGUGGGUGGGGUCCAGGGCUCUCUCAUGGACCUGGUGGACAGAGGUACCAAGCUGGUGGGGUUAUGUCUUCUGAACAGCACAAACCCUGGCCCGGGUCUGGCCUCAGUCCCCUAGGGUCCCCUAGGGCACCCUGCACCCCCUCGUGCUCCACUGUGGGCAGGACCGGGGGCAGGGCCAGAUGUGGGGGGCGGUUGUGGAGGUAGCCCGGGGACUCUUGGAAGGGUCUGUGGACCUCUGCCCAGCUCAUAGGCUGGUGGCCAGAGGCCUGUGGCUAAGCAGCAACUGGACCACCUGGGUGACUUUGGAAGCAGCAGGCCCUGUCCUGGCUAAGGGACUGAGAAUGGGGCAGAAUAUGGGAAGCAAGACCUGAGGAGGCUUUGGGCUGUUGCAUGGCCUCCUCUCUCCUCUCACGUGGUUUAAGUUGGGCUUUGGCUGGUUCCAUUAGGCAAUAUUCAGGUGCUUGCUUGCAACCAAUACCUCCCCAGGGGCCUGCUGAGCUGCAGCCUAAGGACAGACUGGGCAGCCAGGAGGCUGCUUGGCAGUAGUGCUGGUCUGCCAGGGCUGGAGGCCUUCCCUUGGCUCCUCUCCCCUCCCCCAGGGCUCUAAUGCUCCCUUGGCCUUCUGGGGGCCCCCCCUGGUGCUGGAUUCCCACCAACCUUGGGCUUUUGGAGGUUUCAAUCCCUGUGUGUUCGGUGGCGUUUCCCCCCUUUUCUCUUAUUUUCAAGGCUUUUACCAUUAGCAGCCCCUUUAUCCAUGUCAGUCAUCCCCACCCCCCACCCCCCAAAUCCUUGGCCAACACAGCAGUUGCCAGAGAUAGAACCCUGAGACAGACCCUGCCUACCCUCUUGCAGCCUUCCUUCCACUAUUUUGCUGGCCUGAUGACUGGGAAGUUCCCCUUUUAUACCUCUCCACCUGUCUGGUGGGCUGUGGUAGUGCCCCGGUGCUCUUCUCUGUGCCCCCUCCCCUCAGUGGCCCAGCUAAAAUUGAAUGAUACCCUCCCCCAACACACAGGCUAAGAUGGGCCUGCCCCAGAUCCACAAUGGGGACCUAGAGACAAAUCAGUUUAGGGGAGGGGGGUUGUGAUAAAGGCAUCUGGUUUCUUUUCAAGCCAGUCAGGGGCAAUCAAGCUUUCUAGGGGAUGGAGGACCAGGAAUCCCGUGUUGGGAGACCCAUAGAGAAUAAGUGAGGGAGAAAAAGAAGACAGCCUUUCAGCUUUGAGAGGGUCUUUGAAGCGUACUUAGUGGGAAGGGGUCAACUGGUUCUGCCCCAGCCCCAGCCCUGCAGCAAAACCUCCUCAGGGCUACCCCCUUCCCACCCCUCCCAGCAAGGCUGACACUUUGAGCUUACUCCUUGAACAGUAUUAACCCUGCCAUGCUCAUGGGCUUUGUCAUCUUGGUUGCCCUCCCCCUUCCUCUGUGACAGGUCCAUUGCUGGCAGUGGACAGGUGAAAUCCUCACUCCAGCCCACUUCUGGCUCCACCCCAACUCCCUGAGGGGAGAGGUUCAUCAGAAUGCAGCCAAUGCCAUGGUACGUGGUCUCUUCUUGACCACACUAGGAGUCGUAGAAACUAGCCUUUCCCUUUUUUGGAUCAUUAAAAAGUGAUAAUACCACCUAUGGAGAGAAGCUGCUCUUCCUUGCCGUGCUGCUCCACCUAGACUGCAGACAGCACCAGCCAGGGUGUGAGCCAGGGCUGGUGGGCUGGGGAUGGGCAGGAGUGGUGUCCUGGAUUGAGGGAAAGCCUGGGAGACUCUGCCUUUGGCAGAGCUGUUUUCUGCAGUUAACCCUGUCCAGGACAGGAUGAAGGGCAUUUUCCAGCCUCUGUGUCCUGGCCAGGCGCCUCAAAUCCAGGCAUGAACUACAUUCUGCU